UGAGAGGAUUAGAUGUAGAUAUAGAAUCAGUUCCCGGCAUGCUGGGAGUUUUGUUUUGCAACUGCUGGAGUCACCCGGGCUGGGAAACACUGCUCCGGAGGCUGAAAGCCUAUGAACCCUGAUACACUGUAACGAGUCCCGAGUUGGUCAGGAGAAGCUUUCAACUUCAAGGUUGUAAACCCAAACCUUCUGCAUUACGAUAUGGUGUCAGUCUGCACUGUAGUUAUGGGAUUCUGUUCAUGAACCAGGAAGCUCAGGAUACACAGAGCUGCAGGUCCUGCCCAGACAGUGUUUAUUAGCUUCAUGGACGAGUGCCUAACCAUGAAAUUCUGGCCUCCGGGCACCUAAACACCUAUUCUUAUCCAUGAUUCAUAAAAAUUCCUGAAAGCAAGUUUUCACAAAUCUGAUUCCAAUAUCUCGGGUAGAAAUUAAUCGCUACGAGUCAUUUCCAUCACAACGUUCCUUCAACCAUGGAGUCUGCACAUCUCAACGAGGACCUGACCUGCUCCAUCUGCCUGAACAUCUACACCGAACCCGUAACCCUUAGAUGUGGACACAACUUCUGCCGGGAGUGCAUUGACCAUGUGCUGGAGCGGCCUGGACAGUAUCGGUGUCCGGAGUGCAGAGCAGAGUUUGCAGAACGUCCUGCUCUUCAGAGGAACAUUGCUCUGCACAACAUAGCAGAACGAUUCCGCUCCACUUAUCUGGAAGGAGCUGCCACCUCCAGCACUUACUGCAUACAUGGUGCUGUGGUCGCACUUAAAUCCUGCGUCCAUUGUGAAGCCGCUCUGUGUGAGGGACAUCUAAGAGUCCACAGCGAGUCUCCAGAGCACGUCCUGGUGGAACCCAGCUGCUCCUUGGAGGCAAGAAGAUGUCCAACGCAUAAGAUCCCAGAGUAUUGCUUGCAAAAUGCUUCUUGUAUGUGUUUGUCCUGCAGACUAAUAGGAGAACAUGUAGGGGACAAGGUGGUCUCCAUGGGGAAAAUCUCCAACCAAGAAGAGCAAGAGUCCAUCUCUGAUGUCACCCAACAGCCAGGGGUGAAGAAAGACAAGCUGCCUAGGAAGAUGGGUCACCUGGAGGAGGAUCUGGAAAGAAAAGACCACCAAGAUGAUAACAUCUGUAAUACUGGGAACUGUGCAAAGUCCAUAGAUGGUGGAGAUGUGGCUACAAGUGACCCUGAAGAAGUUCCAGUCUGGACUAUGUUAAGAAAGAGGUUUGUAAAUCUUCUCAAUUACCUGGGAAACAUAUGUUUACGUGAAGAAUCCUCUCCAGAGCCAUGCAGAAGGGUCAACAGAGGCUUCCAAGACUUAUUACUAGACAUUGAGGCGGCUGGUGUGUAUGUGGAGAUACUAGAAGGUCUCCGGACUGUCCUCUGGACUGGUGGAAUCCAUAGAUACCCAGAGUCACCGAAGAGAUUCAGGGUCACCCAGGUGUUGAGUGUCGCCAGUUUUGACUCUGGGAAGCAUAAAUGGAAACUGGAGACCAGUAGGUUGGGGAACUGGAGGCUGGGGGUAAGCUACGGCAGCACGGCCAGGAGAGGCUUCCAGUCCAUCAUAGGGAAUAACCAGAAGUCUUGGUGCUUAUUACGAUCCAGGAGUAAAUAUUCCGUGAUCCACAAUGAAAAAGAGAUUCAGUUAAGCCACAAACCAUCCUGUUGUCUGAUCGGGAUUGUCCUGGAUUAUGACGCCGGGCAGUUGUCCUUUUAUGAGCUCGGUAACCCAAUAAGGCAUCUGUGCACCUUCACCGCCAGCUUCACCGAGCCCCUUCAUGCUGCAGUCUGGGUAUAUAAGGCUUGGGUGAGGAUCAGACUUUAUGAUUACAUCCCUAGAGACCCCUCAGCCAGAUCCCAAUAAGGACAUCUGCAAAUACAGAACUGUAUAUACUCCAUACACAUCAGGAGCUGUAAAGGCUCCAACGUGGGAUCCACCAGCCCCUGUGAUGAAGCUCACACUCCAUUGUGGAGUGUCCACAGAUUGUUCUCCUAUUAAUGUACAUUACCGUAGACUGAUGCAUUAGAAAACAUUUCUUUAAAGCUGACCUUUAGAGCAGGUCGUAAGAAGGGGAGCUCCCAAGAAUUUGCUCUAUCAUGUACUACUUAAAGGGGAACAACACCUGGAAGUGCAGAGAUGGAGCUCAUACAAACAUCACGGUUGCAUUUGGACCCCACCUCAGGGCUCUAGUGGUCCUCCCUGGUCUCUGUAGACACCUUUGAGCUCUAGCUGUCCUCCCUGGUCCUCUGUAGACACCUCUGAGCUCUAGCUGUCCUCCCUAGUCCUUUGUAGACAUAUCAGGGCUCUAGUGGUUCUCCCUGGUCCUUUGUAAUCCCUCAGGGCUCUAGUGGUCCUCCCUCGUUCUUUGUAACCCCUCAGGGCUCUAGUGGUCCUCCCUGGUCAUUUGUAAACCCCUCAGGGCUCUAGUGGUUCUCCCUGGUCCUUGGUAGACCCCUCAGGGCUCUAGUGGUUCUCCCUGGUCCUUGGUAGACCCCUCAGGGCUCUAGUGGUUUUCCCUGGUCCUUGGUAAACCCCUCAGGGCUCUAGUGGUUCUCCCUGGUCCUUGGUAGACCCCUCAGGGCUCUAGUGGUUUUCCCUGGUCCUUGGUAGACCCCUCAAGGGCUCUAGUGGUUCUCUCUGCUCAUUGGUAGACCCCUCAAGGCUCGAAUCGUUCCCCCUGGUUCUUUGUAGACCUCUCAGGGCUCUAGCUGUCUUCGUUGGACCUUUGCAGACCCCUCCGCAGAUGCAGCUGCUGCAGUUUGGAUAUUUUUGCUGGAGGCAGGAUUGCUUAUUCAUAGGGUUUGUGUCCUCUGUAUCUAUGGUACCUGUGCCAACUGAAGAUGGUAAAUCGCCCCCUCAGGGCACAUGUCAUUAUGUAUACAAUGCUUGGCUAAAGAAAA